CUUUCUCUUCCACCCAACCCCCCAAAUAAAACUAUAUUUAACUCUUUCCUCAUCUCUUUAUACUAGCUUUAUUGCUGAAUUACAGUAGUCAGAGUUUUGAGACAACAGCUAGCAGAGUCAUUGUUAACAUUUUCCUUUCCUCCCAUGACAUCACUACUGAUGUUUCAGGCCUGGUGCCUGCAACAAACCUUACCACAUUUCCUUAAGGACCGGGGUGCAGUACUCACAGUUCAGUCACUCAAUUCCUGUUCAGUAUCUAGAAGAAAUAGUAGAUUUUUGCCUUGUGAAUUUUUACUGUAAGAGAGCUUUCUCUUAUGCAGGCUUCUCUAUAAGAGGUGCUGGUUUUGUCGUACAAAAAGCAGCACAGGUUGAAUGUAUCUUCAGGAAAAUGCAGCUGCUUAUGCAGCUGCUUAUUGAACAAAGUUAUGGUGGGUUUUCUUGAUUUCCCCAUCUUUAACCUGCAGUCAAAUGCACAGACAAUGGGAUGACAAAGUUUAGCAUUGCUACAGUCUGUUCUCCACACAGUGGCAUGAAAAUGUGCUUUUGAGAGCGCUGCAAUCUUUCUGGCCAGCUCAUUCUCCUUCUUAGCACACUUAAAAGAGAAGUGGGAGGCAAUUUGCCACCUAAUAUCUACCUUCAAAAGCCUAAAGCACUCAACAGAUCCAUCUCCUCCCCCCCCCCAUCAUCUGCUUUAUCUCAGUCUGCAAGGCUAACAGCUUUGCUUAAUAAAACAGCUGUGCCCUGAAAAAAAAUAAGUCUUUUGUUUUGAAUAACACAUUGUGUUUUGUUAGAAGAUAUGAAUGGUGCAGAGUGAACAGUCUACAAUUCAUCAUGUACUGAACCAUUUCAGUAGGAACACACUAAUCCCAAUCAUUACAGAGCUAAUGAUGCAUUUUGGAGCAACUAAGUGGGGGAGGAGAGGUGGUUGUGGAAUGUCUAACCAAAAGGUGGGGGAGUAUAAUGUGCUUACAUAUAGAUUUCUCAGGAAGCUGAGUCUCCAGCUACAUUUUGAUUGUUCUUUUGAAUCCAGUAUUUUGUGCCUUAGUGAGUUCUGAAUGCAUGUUAUUGACAACGAACUAAAUGCCCACAUUGUUUAUGGAAAAUGUUUUGGUUGUUCCCAAGCCAUUUGCAAAAUUAUCUAUUUGAAAUGCAACUAUUUUCAUCGAGCAGCAGAACAGUUUGUCCCAAAGAGUCUCCGUUCCUAUAGACUGGAGCAGCCCCAAGGAUGGCUGGCAGCAGCUCCUUCGCUGUUAGUUACUAUGGAGAUAGCUCAGCCCAUGCUGAUGAGCUGCUGGAGCACACAGAAGGAUGCACAGCUCUACGCAACUUCAGCACUGAGCAAGUUGGGUUUCCUAUCGGGGCAUCCUCAACAGCCAGCCACUGGCUGGGGCUGGUCAGUCAUGCAGGGCUCACCCCGGAGACGUUCGGCAGUCAGUAUUUUUAGCAACUUUUUCCAGGGUCGGAGGCAUUCCUCCUCCGAUCCCCUGCUUCGCAUCAUCCAGAGGCGGCGGAGCUCAGCUGUCGAGGUCCUCUCAUCAUCGACUCACCGGGUUAUGGUGGCGGUGUCAUCUCUGAGCCCCGAGGAGCUGGAUGCAACUUUUCCUGAGAAAAAAAGAAGCUCGAGGCGUCCAACAGCAAAAUACACCAAAGUAGGGGAGCACCUUCGCCACGUCAUUCCUGGCCAUAUGCAGUGCUCGAUGGCAUGUGGUGGCCGUGCCUGCAAGUAUGAAAACCCAGCUCGAUGGAGUGACCAGGAGCAAGCCAUUAAAGGGCUCUACUCUUCUUGGAUUACAGAUAACAUACUGGCUAUGGCUCGACCCUCAACAGAAUUAAUUGAAAAGUACAAAAUUAUUGAACAGUUUGAAAGAUGUGGCAUAAAAACCAUAAUUAACCUUCAGCGUCCUGGGGAGCAUGCAAGCUGUGGGAAUCCACUAGAACAAGAGAGUGGCUUCACCUACCUUCCUGAAGCUUUUAUGGAGGCUGGAAUUUAUUUUUAUAAUUUUGGAUGGAAGGACUAUGGAGUGGCAUCUCUCACUACUAUACUGGAUAUGGUAAAAGUCAUGGCUUUCGCCUUGCAGGAAGGGAGGGUGGCUGUUCACUGUCAUGCAGGACUUGGUCGAACAGGUGUUCUAAUAGCUUGCUACUUAGUUUUUGCAACAAGAAUGAGUGCUGAUCAAGCCAUUCUUUUUGUCAGAGCAAAAAGGCCUAAUUCUAUUCAGACAAGAGGGCAGUUACUAUGCAUCAGGGAAUUCACUCAGUUUUUGGUUCCUCUGAGAAAUGUAUUUGCAUGCUGUGAUCCCAAGGCACACACAGUGACCCUGUCCCAGUACCUGACCCGUCAGAGGCAUCUGCUCCAUGGUUAUGAGAGCAGGCAUCUCAAACAUGUGCCAAAACUUAUUCAUCUAGUUUGCAAGUUGUUGCUAGACUUGGCUGAAAACAGACAAGUGAUAGAGGCAGAACUGUUAGAUCUACCAGAUCUCUCAGCUGAAAUUGAAAAGACUGUUUCUCAGUUAGUGUCCACACAGCUGGACAGAGAACUUGCGAGGCAGGACAGUGAUACAUCUGACUCCCACACCAACUCAUCCACUUUUGAGACCCAGGAUUCUCUUUUCUCUCUGGGACAUGAUUGUGAUCCUCUUUGGAAAAGAAGGAAUGUUGAAUGCCUCCAGCCUCUUACUCACCUGAAAAGGCGUCUAAGCUAUAGUGAGUCAGAUUUAAGGAGAACUGAAUUUCUUUUAGAACAAGGAGAAACUGCCUGGACAGUACCUGCUCAGAUAUUACUGUGCAACAAACUUAAGCAGAACAGUGGUGAGGAAUGUUCUGCCACAGAUGACCAAAAGCCACAGUUUGAUUUACACAAAGGAGCAUUAGUGCGUAAUACAUGCAUGUUCUGGAGUCAAGGUAAAUUUAAUCUGGAUGGACGAAAAGAUGGGUCCUCACUUCACCACAGAAGGAACUCUACCAAAGAAGUGCCACGCAGCAGAACCUUCUCUUCAGGUCUGUCAUCUAUCCACAACACCAGGGAACCUGGAACACCAGGGCAUAAUUUUACCAAUGAGACUGCUCAUAGAAAAGACCACAAGACUAAUAUGUAUGGCAGAAGAGUCUAUGUCUCUGAGGACUCAGAUUCUUCUUCUUCUUCUAAAGUGAACUUUUCCAUUGGAUGUGAAAGCCAAGGGAGCAAAGAUGUGUCAGAGGCAAUUCCACACAUUGUUAUACAGUCAGAAUUAAGUUUGGAAGCCCGAAGAGUUUUGGCAGCAAAAGCACUUGCAGAUAUAAAUGAAUUUUUGGAAGAGGAUGAAGUGAAACAGAAGGUAGAAAUGUGGCAGAAAGAACUGAAUGCUCGAGAUGGAGCUUGGGAUAAAAUCUGUACCGAGAGAGAUCCUUUUAUCCUCUGUAGCUUGAUGUGGUCAUGGAUAGAGCAGCUGAAAGAACCUAUUAUAUCCAAAGAUGAUGUUGACAUGCUGGCACAAAAAUGCACAGAGUCACAAGAGGCACUUUACUUACUGAGAAAGGAACAGUGUCAGACUAUCCUUUGUAUUUUACACUGUGUGGUGAACUUGCAAAUGCUACCAGCCGAUGUGGAGGAGGCCUUACUUGCUCGUGCUAUUAAAGCUUUCACUAAGGCAAGUAACCAUCUUUAUUUAUUUGUUUUAAAUCAUGGAGGGUGCAUUAACAGAGCAGGCCUCUGUGAGGAAGGUUACAGCAGUUCCUUCACACGUAGUGUCCACAUGCUUCACUCUCAGAAUUUACAUUUUAUAAUAAUCAGCCUACAGAAAGGGUACAAAAUAUUCUCAGCAACAUUAAAUUCUGUCACUACAGCCUUAAUCUGUCAGUCUCAUUUGUCUGGGUUUGGAUCACUGCCAAUUCAUGGGCUUCUUCAGAUUAGGGAAAAGAUAAUUUUUUAAGGGUAAGAAUAAUUAGUCACUAGGAGUAGCUUACCAAAGGCUUCUGUUGAUCCUGUACCACUCGGAGCCUUUCCAUCAGAUUAAAAUCAUGUUCUGAAUUACACUGCAGUUCAGUUAUGUUUUGGGUCCUUAAUAUAGGUUGUGCGUAAAUAACUUCUGCUUUUGGGAUCAUUUAAUAGCAGUGCCAGGUUAGACUUGCCAUUGCUCAGCUCAGAGCUGCUUGCUUCUCAGAUUCAGCAGGCAAAGUUAUACGAACAGAACAUUCAUCAUCCUGCUUCCUAAUCUCUUGUAACCUGUACAUGUUACCUGUUGAAACAAGUGACGUUUCUCCUUCUACUAGUUUGUUUUACUGUCCAGUCAGCAUAACAUUGAAAAUACUCAGCAUUAAGUACUCCAUCAUGAAGCAUAGGUUUCCUUUGAUAAAUCUUAAAACUUUUCUUUAUGUUGGUCAUCUCCUUUGCAUUUUGCUGUAUGACAUCAAUUUAACAACUGAACUUCAAUUUCUCCCUUUUAUCAGACAAGCUUUGAUUCUGAAAAUGGACCAUAUGUUUAUAACACCUUGAAAAAAGUAUUUCGACAAACACUAGAAGAAAAAAGAAAAAAGCUUAAGGAAGGAGCAGAUAAUCCCCCUUGAUUUCUACACAGCUAUGCCGAAGAAUGAGAUGGGCCUACAUUUUCCAGCUACUGUAUUUUGUGCUAUUUGGCAUGAUUUGCCGAACUUUAGGUAACAGCAGAUAUUAACAAAGCAUUUUAUUUUUAUAGAGGGUGUUCUAGUGACAGUUGUUCUAUUUACACAGUUCUAAAGAAUGGCGCCUGUGUACUGCAGCAUUUGGUUUCAGAUCCUGUGCUUUUAUAUUGUGAACUGUUUUCAUUUUCAAUUGUAUUUAUUGAUUUAGAAACCUCUGUCAUGGGCAAGCAACCUGACUUUCAAGUUCUGACUGCCAUCAGAUCAGUGCCAUGGUACACCAAGGUUUAAUGGAUGGAGUAAAUAUGAAUUAUGAAUGUUUACAUUAAUUUUACUUUGCAGAAAAUAAAACCUGAACUUAUAAAACUCCA